AGAUGGCGGCCACAAUUUGCGUCAUGAAGUUACUGAGCACUCUCUCGCCAAAAUUACGUCUGCUCUGCAGGCUAUUUGCAGAGCCAUUCAUUGGUGAGCCAUUCGAUUUGGUAUAAGCAUGAAACCGCGUGGGUGUUUUCGACUGUUUGUGCUCUGUUUCCUCACCAGGGUAACCUUGUCACAAGUAGGAAUCGAUCGAAAUGAUUUAGGAGACCUGUACAAAGCUUUAACGAAUGCUCUGUCCUUCUGCAACAAUGAAUACCACAAUUUGGAUUCGAACGCCUUACUUGGGCUCCGUGUGGCACAAGGUUACAUCCACAGAAUUUUAGCAGAUACUGAAAAUGGUGAAAUUAAACUCAACCAAGAUAUUUAUAGCAGCAUGAUAAACCUGCUAAACAGGACGACUGAAGUUGUAGAACGCAUGCUUCCUUUUCUCUGGAAACAGGAUCCUUUGUUUUAUCCAAUGCUGAAUUCUUCAUGGACUUACUUCAAACCUUACAAAUUUUUGGAACCACAGGAUGUUGUUGAGAGACAAAAGAUCAAAUCUGGCGAUGAAGAAAAAUAUUCCAAUUGUGUCGGGGAAAUUGUAGGGAGUAAGGAGAGCUCUAUGGAGCCCUGCACCAUAUCUGAUGAUUGUUGGGGAAUUAUGAAGUCAAAGGGUGCUCCUAAUAAAGUGCUCUACUAUCAAGCUUUGUUCUUCCUCUUAGGGGAAGCUUCAGGCUGUCAUCACAAGCUGUUAUCAAGAAUAAAAUCCUCUGGUGAUAACCUAGAGACCCACCUGCAGCACAUCUGCACCUUGGCUUAUUUCACUAAUUCACGGGCUCUGUUUUAUGGUGAAGAUGGUGAUUCAGUGGAUCUCAUGUUAACAUUGAAGUUGAGCUUUAGUUGUGGAUUGUUGGGUUACUAUGAACUUCUCACAGGGGAGGGAUUAGGAAAUGUUAUAGGCUGGCAGCUGAAUAGUGGAUGUUUCGGAGAUAACAGCAUAAUAGAUGAAGAAAAAACGAGUGAGACGAACACAGGAAAAGGAAGGCGAGAAUUGAGGUCCUCCUACCUCGGAAAAGGUUGCUUUAGUGACAUCACUGGAGUGGGCAUAGGACUCCUAUCUCUAUACCUUAGAUGGGUCCUGGAUCCUCCUCCUCAGGUCCAGCCAGUAGAUCUCAUAGAGAGUGCCAAAGAAGAUGCCCAAACCAUAUCGGUCUACAUGUAUAUUCUUCUCUUAGUCACUGCAGCUUUUCUCUUUGCCAUCAGAGGAAGAAUUUUGGAAAUGGUUUCUUUCUUUAGAGGAACAAAUAGCUAUACGGUAGAGAGGUUACCAAGUUAGAAAAAUAAAAAUUAGGGAUGGUUACUAUUUUUAGUCAAAGGUAUGAAAAACACCGUAGGUCACUCAAAGAGAUAAUAUUUUAUCAUUUAAAAUGUAGAAAGUUUAACAGAAAAGGAGAUACUAUCCAUACACAUGUGUGGAUCUGACUUUUGCAAGCCUUUAGAUUAAGGCGUUAAACCCUCUAGGAGUGAUUAGCAUCUAAUUUCUCCCCACAAUGUCACCCCUGAGUGACACAUUAAGGUCAAAGGAAUGAGAGAAAUGAUCACCAACUAAAGAAGCUUUGGGUUGUUAAACAAACUCUCCUUGUUAGCACCUUGAGAAAUGUAUAGAGAAUGGUAUCGAGAAUUUGGAUACUGAUGUUUGGGUGUAAAGGGUUAAGAGGAGUUAACAAGGCAGUACCAUUAUUUAGGUAGCUGCAGGCUCACUGCAUAGUGACUGGUGUUGUAGCAUGGUUAUGUAAUUACAUGUACUGGUUGACAUUAGCAGCAGCAUUUCAAUUUUAUUUAAUCGUUUAGUGAUGCAUUAAAUUGAGCUAUUUAUGGAAAGUGA